AAGGGGGUAACGUGGUGGUGGAGAACGGCCCCUUUUACACAAAUUCUUAUUCCUCUCAUUCCCAACUUUUAUUCCCUCAUUUCCUUCCUUUUACCAUUAAAACUCUUCGUUUGUAGUCUUCUUCUUCAGCCAUUUUUCUUUUCUGGGAUAAAAGGAUGACUGAUUUGGCAGCUCCUCUGAUCGCUUCGGUUUUGUUCGCGUUUCUCUCGCCCGGGAUGAUCAUUCAGAUGCCGGGAUCGGAACGGCCCCUUGAGUUCAUGAACUUGAAGACCAGCUUUGCCUCCAUUUUUGUUCAUGCCGUUGUCUUCCUUCUCCUCCUUAUUCUGUUUUUGGUCAUGCUUAACGUCCAUAUUUACAUUUAGUGCUGGUGCUGAUCUCCAUGUAAUUUCUACCUCUCUCUCUCUGUUAUCUUUGACUGAUGAUUUGUAGAGCUUCCAUGUUUCUUACUCAUGAUCUAAUGGAAAAACUCUCUCUCAUGGUAAUUCAUGUUCA